UGUUGUAGUGUGUAGCGUGUGAGCAUGCUGCUGCAUCACAUGGUGAAGGGCUUCAUGCAUUGAGAUGAGCGACGAUGCAUUGACAGUCCUCGGGGAGACACCGAGACGCGCGUGCACAUACAUAGGCGAGUAAACACAUGAACGCGCACCGGCUAUGAUCCGCUCCUAGACUAUGGCACCGUCAGGCUCGCGUAAUGUCAAAUGGGGCUGCAAGAGAGUUUGCUACUGGAUCCCCGUCCUGUUCAUCGCCCUCAUAGUGGCUUGGUCGUACUACGCCUAUGUUGUGCAGCUUUGUUUGGUGUCAAUUGAAAGCACGUGGGAAAAGGUCUUAUACUUAUUGGUGUACCAUAUCAUCUUCAUAAUGUUUGUCUGGGCUUAUGGACAAACUAUCUUCACCAAGCCCAUGAACCCGCUGAGCGAGUUUCACCUGUCCUACUCGGACAAAGAGCUGCUGGAGCGUGAAGACAGGGGAGAGUCUCAGCAGGAGAUCCUGAGGAGAAUAGCCAAGGAGCUGCCCAUCUACACUCGCACUAACUCUGGAGCAAUCCGCUUCUGUGACCGCUGCCAGCUGCUGAAGCCUGAUCGAUGUCACCAUUGUUCAGUUUGUGAUAAAUGCAUCCUGAAGAUGGAUCACCACUGUCCCUGGGUGAACAACUGUGUGGGAUUCUCCAACUAUAAGUCGUUCAUGCUGUUUUUGUCAUAUUCGCUCCUCUACUGCCUUUUUAUAACUGCAACAGACCUUAAAUACUUCAUUAAGUUUUGGAUGGCUGGAGGUAAAGCCCAUUUUCGUCUGAAAGAAUACCUGAACGGCUUUCCAGACACGCAGGCCAAGUUCCACAUCCUAUUCCUCUUCUUCUCAGCCUCCAUGUUCUCAGUCAGCCUCGCUUCGCUUUUCAUCUAUCACUGCUGGCUCGUCUGCAAGAACAGGUCCACUCUUGAGGCUGUUCGUGCUCCGGUUUUUCGUCACGGAACAGACAAGAACGGAUUCAGUCUUGGCUCCCGUAAGAACUUCCGUCAAGUGUUUGGCGAUGAAGCCAAAUACUGGCCCUUUCCUGUUUUCUCCAGUUUAGGGGAUGGUUGCUCGUUCCCAACAUGCCUGGUGAAUACUGACCCUGAGCAGCCAUCCUCACCCGCUGGCCACAUCCCUGCAAACAAGAGUGCUGCAGAAGGUCGCCACUUCCCAUCCAAGCCAAUGAGGGAGAGUCAAAGUCGUCUUCUCAGCAGCACCUCCUCCUGGCCUGAAAAUGACAUUACAGCAGAUGUAGACAAGAAUGGCACUAAUAACCCGGUGAUGACCAUAGAAAAUGAGGUCAGUACUGCUCCUUCCUCCCGAUGAUGCCAUCACUGGUAUUUCACUGACAUCUAAACACGGAAAAGUAUUCAGCUGCAUGCCCUGCCUUUAUCUGAAAGGUUGUGGACUUUAGUGUGUGAUCAUCCUCAAAUUGCAUUCCAAAAACCCUGAUGAUGCAAUGGAAGAGCUGUGUAGUUGUUUAUCUGUAGUGUAACCGUAUGUCCGUGGAGGGCUUGUAGCAAUAUGUCUCAUAUGAGAUCAACAUUUAAGUGUUUUUUUUUUGUGUAAUCUCUGCAAAGUGAGGUACACAUGCUGUUCUUUCUCUGGCUACUUCCUUGUACAUGUCCGGUUUCUUAUUAGUCAUGUAAUUUCAAGAAUGUGUUUCAAAAAGGCAUAACUGUUACAGUCAAGUUAUAUUUUUCUAUGCGUGUGUAUGAGUCAAUAUGCAAUAUAGUCCCUAACAAUAUUAAAACAAAGUGCUUGUUUGUCAUUGCUUUGCACUCGGUGCUGCACGGUACAACAAUAAACUUUGACCCUUUCAGACAUUA